CAAAGUUUACAAUAAGCAACAACUCUAAGUUAUCAUAAAAUGCUGUCUUUCACGAAGGUUGCCGUGCUGUGUGUUUACCUGAUGAUGUGGUCACCCCAGACUAGCAGUGGUCAGCUGAUCGGUACGGGCACGUACUACAGCACACCUAUAUACUGUUCUACUGAUGUUCCUAGCUACAACAUUUGUAGGCCUUCAGCCUGUUACCUGUCUGAUUUCAGAUCAGAGUGCUGCAUGUACCGGUCUAAACUAGCAAGCGGCGCAACUAUCGACCAAUGUAAAUGUAGCAGUAGGGUUGUCUGCUCCGUUGUAGCUACCACCACAACUGCCAUACCUACAACUACGGCAUCCACGUCAACAAUCACCCCUACAACAACGACAUCCGACUAUUUUACGUCAGAACCCCAGUACUGUACAGGACCCAUUCAGACAUCAGCACCCAAACUUUGUCCAACCAUGGACCAGUGUUUUAUGGCGUCCACACGGAGCAAAUGUUGCUCCAGAAUAAUGAGGAUAAACCAAGAAAGACAAGAUGGUUUAGGAGGAUUCUACGGAUUUUCAGCUUUAGAUAUAGAAUGCUUUUGUUCGGGAGAUGUCCAAUGCUAACCAGUAAAGGAUCGCUGGAGAGUCUUUAUAUAUUAUUUUCUUUGUGUAAUUAUUGUGUGAUGUAAAAACAUUGAAUGUAUUAAAAAAAAGAAACCAAUAUCUCUUUAAACCUACCUUAUAGUUAAUAAACAGAACAUAGCCUACAUGUUGCAAACUUUGUGUCGAAAUAUUAUUGUUUGUUAGUUAAUGAGGAGCUAGUUGGAAUAUUAACGAUUAUUAAAACUUUGCAAAUGCUUGGUGCAUUUUAUAAAGAAUAAUUUUUAAGAAUUUUUUUUGAGAACUUUCUUUCCACAGCUUAAAACUUGUACUCUACGUCAGGGCUGGGCAUUUGUUUUGGCUCAAGCGCCACUUUGUGGUAGCGGAUUUUAGCGGAGGGCCGCACCAUUUAAAAUGAUUGUAUUCUUUAUUUAACAU